AUGGAUCUCGUGCACCUGAUUCUCAUCCUGAUCCUCAGCGCUCUGUCCAGCUGCUCCAGUGGUUCUCCACUAGAUGAAGAGUCUUGCCCAAAAGGAGCCCAGAUAGACCGAGACGGCUUGCGCUGCUACUGGAUGUCAGUGUCUACAUUAACCUGGCAAGAAGCAAGGACCGAUUGUCAGAACGUUAACAGAGGAGAUCUUGCCGUGGUGGACAAACCGAGCGUUCAGAAGUUUAUAGAAAACUCAUUUCUGCUAGAAGCCCCUGGAUUGGUUUGGCUGAGAAAUGGACUCUCAAGUCUUUUUGGUGCUGCUAACCCGAAUCAUGAAGACCGAGAGCGAGGGACUUGUUCUCAGAUGUCUCUUGGUUUGGGACAAUGGACAAGUAGCCCAUGUAACCAAAAGAAUCACUUUAUCUGUGGGAAACUGAUAUCAGUGUAUUUGCCAUCGUUGGACAGCUAUGUCAUUGGAGUGCCGGUAAUGUCCGGUGUAUACACACAGACCCAGUUACAUCCGCUGCCUUCACCACCGGACUUAAAACAACAGAGAGCUGAAAUGAUGCUGUUCCCAGGAAUCUGGGUCAGUCAUGGAGGCCAGGUGUUCACUAUCGAGUUGGUAGCUCAGCCCAGUCAGCAGCUUACCAUGGCAAGAGUUCAGAUUUUACGGCCGUACUGCAGCCCGAACCAUCACUUAGUUCCCCCAGGCUGCAGCUCCAUCGUCAAUCCGUUCACCUGCUGCUCGGUGAAGCCUUUGUGCAACACCACCGGUGGCUGUCCAAGUGCACAGUACUGGUGCCAUCUGGUGGAGAGCUGCCUACCAGUCGCCAGCCCUUGCAGCCCUUAUCACUCAUCUGCCGAUGGACACGUCUUCACUCUGCCGCCCCGCUACACUGCAAUGACUCCUUUCUACCACAUGGUGGCAGACAUAGCAUUGGAAAUACCUCCAGCUUCUGAGCCUGUCCACAUCGAGGUCAUGUUUAAAGGGAAAGAGUUCCCCGUGUUUCCCGACGAUAUUCUUGCCGUUCAGCACACUAGGAAAUCCGGAGAGUUCCUACGAUGUACGAGCGACUCUGAUUCCGCCUGGCGCCAGAGCUACAUCUCUAUUCCCGGACCUGAGUGGGGUGGCUGGGUAGAUGUCGCAGUGUCUGGUCUGACAGAUGAAGGCCACUGGUUGGACAACAUGUCCUGCGACCUGCGUCUGAUCUACGAAGACCUUGGACAUCUCUCUGGUCCUUCCGCAGCUGUGAACAGCACGCCGAGUGAAGCCAGUAUAGACCUGAGCACACCUAGCAGCGUUCUGAUCGACGCUCAGACCCCAGUGUCAGGAAUGCAGAUUCUCUAUCCUGUACCUGGCAAAGAAAAUCGAAUUCAUCUACCGGUAAACAUCCAAACGUUAAUUAUUAUCGAGAUCCUUUCAGGAAGAAAUGCGACAAGCUCAUGGUCUGCCCCGGUGUCGAGGGCAGGGGUCCCGUUCCGAAAAUCCUGUCCAGCGGAGAUUUCUGAAAUUCAGGUCGUUUGUCAGAGGGGUUCUUCCGAGACAUGGUUCUCGUAUGUGUACGUCAUGCCCACUAGCCAAGCGGAACAAACUCUGAACAUUACAGCGUCGAACCAGCUGAGCUCUCAGACUCUGAGUGUGAAGAUUCAAGCUCAUAUUAUUAUCACAGGACUGAGAAUACAACCGCAGGGGUUUCAUAGAGUUCUAGUGGACAUACCACAGAUGUUCACCACAGCAGUGGCCACUGGUUCGUCUGUGAAGUACACCUGGGUUAUUGAUAAUCUCGUCCAGUUUGCCUACACAGGCGAGGCAUACAGCGUCACGUUCAACAAACCAGCACAGUACACGCUCAAGGUAACAGCGGAGAAUCCCGUUAGCACUCAGGACACAGAGGUCAAACUCACGGCGGAUGUAAUGACCCCGUUAGCCGACCUCGCAUUACUGUCCAAGAAGGAGGUUGUUGCUGUAAACACCUCAAACAUCUACACCGUUAGAGUGAAACUGGAUGUCUCGAUCGGUGUCACAAUACGGUGGGAUUUUGGUGAUGGUUCUAGCUGUGUUAAUCAUACACUCGUCGCUCCGUUAGCAAGGAACGAUGUACCACUGGACCGGACUGCAACGCAGAUAUACUUGCAGGAUCAUGCACAUCAUGUCUACACAACACCAGGCGACUAUACGCUGAGGAUACAAGCCCGAAAUAAAUAUGACUUUAUCCAAACGGCUGUGCUACUUAAAGUAAGAUCUCCACUGACCAAACUGUUAGUCUUAUCAAAGCCAGCUCUCCCCAAAGUCAAUCAAACCAUUCUUUUAGAAGCCUCAUCACAGCCGUCUUCAUACGGAAUAGCUUACACAUGGAACUUUGGAGAUGGCUCGUCAGAGAUCGAAGGACCUCAUAAGAUGACCGGGCAUGCUUUUAAGAAAGCCGGUGUGUUCAAUAUUUCUGUGUGUUCCAACAACACUCUGUCAAGGCUGGAUUCCUGGAUGAUUGUGGAAGUUUUCGAAACUAUCUCAGGUCUCCAUCUGAGGUAUAAUGGCCCCAGUGAACUCAGUUCCAUCACGGAAAUCAGUGGAAGCGUGUCUACGGGUACCAAUCUCAGGUGGACCUUUGAUCUCGGUGAUGGGACUGUGGUUAAAGACCUUGAGAAGAACUCGAUCUCGCAUGUCUAUAGGUCUACGGGAAACUACACUGUCCAGGUAACAGUCGGGAAUGCUGUGAGCAGCGUGAGACAGUCUAUCAGUGUAGAAGUUUAUCAUCUUGCUGUUAUGGGGAUCCUGCCACUAGAAUGCAUGGUGAGUGGAAAGGAAGUAAAUCUUCAGGCACUAGUGACCGGGAAUGUUUCUCAGCUGACUUUCCAUUGGAGUUUCGGAGACAGUACUGGUAUGUCAGUGAAGAAAGGAACAACAACCGUUGCUCAUACCUUCUCAGGUACUGGGAGAUACCUUAUCGACGUGACCGUCUAUAGCCAAGCAGGAUCUGCUCGCUAUCAGAUAAAUAGAUGUGUUGAGAACUUAAUUACAGAUUUGAACCUGCACUCAACUGUAAAUGUUGCAGCAGUGGGUGAAGAGAUAUGUUUUGAUGUGUCAGUGCUUCCGACCGGUGGUGAAAGCUACCGAUUUCUCUGGUAUAACAGCUCUUCCUGUGACUGCCCGAUCAAUGGGACAUCACAUCACUGCUUUGUUUUUUCAAAAGAAGGCAUGCAUAAAGUUAUGGUAAUCACGCGAAACCAGGUCAGCGAGAAAUCUGCGACGACGACGAUUAUCGUCCAAAGACCUAUAGCAAAACUGUCUGUACAACACAAUGGUGAUAAGGAUGUGCUUACUGUCAAUCAGUCCUAUUACUUUUGGACUGAACCAAGCCAGAAUAAUGUUGCUAUCGAGUGGGACUUUGGUGAUGGCUCACUGAAGAGCGAAGGCCAAAAUCUGUCCCAUGCUUUCACUUCAGCUGGUCAGUAUCAUGUCAGUGCUUCAGUUUUUAAUGCAAUUAGCAAAGAGAUUGUGGGUGUUGAUGUAGAAGUCCAAGUUCCUAUACGUAACGUAAUCAUUCACACCAAUCAGCCGUUUGCAGAAGCAGACCGAGAAGCAAUUUUCACAGUUUCAAGCAACGUCAUGGAUGACGUCGAAUUUUAUUGGACAGUGGACUCCCUGACUCCUUUAAAGCUUGGGACAUCAGAGUACAAAUAUGUGUUUCCCAAAGCAGGGAUCUUUCACGUUAGAGUCGUAGUACAGAAUCUCGUCAGUAAAAUCGAAACCUCAACAACAAUUGAGGUUCUAGAGAGAAUACAAGAUGUCCAAAUUACAAGCCAGAUUCUUAAAUCUAUGAGCUAUUUCCCCACAAACGAGAGCAUCACUUUGAGCGCUACUGUAAACCAGGGAACCAGCUUGGAAUAUCGGUGGUUAGCUCAUCAGGAUGGAGUUAACGAUAUAGUUGGUGUUGGCGAGGAUUUUAAAUUAUUUACAAGUCACCCUGGUGAUGUGUCUGUCAGGCUUAUAGUUGCCAACGUUCUUGGUAAAGUGCAUCGUAAUUGUUCUUUAAGGGCAGUUGAACGUACUUCUGGUGUAAAUAUCUCAUCACCGUUAAACGUAAUAGCAAAAGGAAAACCCGUUAAGUUGGCAGUGACUAUGAAAACUGGGACGGAUCUUCGGUACGUUUGGUUUUUAGACACUGAUCGCUCUCCGAUUAGAACAGAUGUACCUUUUGUCCUCCAUGUUUUUAAUGCCGUUGGUGUUUUUCAGCUAAGAGCGUCAGUGGGGAAUGUUUUGGGCGCAGUCAAUGCUACCAAACAGCUCACAAUUCAGGAGCCCGUUUCAGAGAUCGACUUUGAGGUAAAUGGACGAUCACAUCCCUACUUUGUCAAAUCAAACAGUGUCUUGAAGUUCCAUGGAUCUGUCAGAAAUGAUCAAGGAAAUGAUCUACACUGGGAGUGGACGGCCAUUUUAUGUGAAGGAAGUGCAGUUGUUUUAGGUCAAAAUCACACCAUCAGCUACUCCUUUAUGGAUGCAGGAGAUCAUCGAGUAACUCUUAACGUCUCAAAUGAGAUCAGCUGGCAGUCUGUGUCACAUGUAGUAACAGUACAAGAUGCCAUUAAAGGUCUUAGUCUAAGAGUCAGUGAUGCGAUCGUCUGUGAGAAUGAUCCAGUCACUUUCACACCGACCGUCACUCAGGGAAGCGGUGUUUCAUUCAACAUGGAAUUUCCAGGAGGGAAUGCAUCCCUAAAAGAUCAGGAGGAUUUUACCACCUCAUCCCUUCCUGUUGGAAAUCACACCAUCAAAGCAACUGCUAAGAAUCUUGUUAGUGCCUUAUCAGCAAACAUCACUGUGAAGGUGGUAGAACGAGUUAAAGGUCUUCAUUUGGUUGACUGCUGCUCUUCUGUCUUGGAAGCCUCAAAACCAGUCAGUUUCAAAGCAUCAGUAAGAACAGGAUCUAAGGUCGCUUACCGAUGGAAUUUCCACUUAGAUGGAUUCAAGACCUUACGACAAACUGGUCCAAAUGUCUUGUAUUCUCCAUUUGGCAAUGGAUCCCUCUCUGUGACAGUAGAAGCUAGGACUGACUUCUGUUCGCAGUCCAUGACGGAGACAGUACAAGUUCAGUGGCCGGUGAAAAACGUGAAGCUCUUCAUCUUAUCUGAUGGACCUUUUGUACAUCACAACAUCACAUUUUUUGCCCUCAUUGAUGGCGGGAGUGACCUUUUGUUCAAGUGGAACUUUGGUGAUGCUAAUGAAGGGAUCCGAGUUACAACAUCCAAUACGGAAGUCUACAAAUAUAACGUGGAAGGAAGAUUUACGGUCCAAGUAACUGUUUUCAAUAACAUCAGCCAAGUCUCGGCACACUUCCCAGUUCUGGUAAAGAAACUGGAAUGCACCCAGCCUCGCGUCACCCUCAUCCAAGAACAGGCGAAAAUUCCUAAAUCAAGGCACAGCUAUUUUGAAGCAAGUGUGGAUCUGAAUGAUUGCGCUUCUUACAAGACAAACUACCUCUGGGAGAUCUUUACAGAUCCAGACUGCAUGGAAAGGAAAGUCUGUUUAAAUAAUUCAGUGGAUGUUACCACACCACUCCUGACUCUCCCAAAGCAUACACUAGAAGUGGGGGACUACUGUCUAAAGUUUACUACUGGGUUUGAAGGAACGCCAUUGCAUCAUUACAAGACUACAGGGUUUUCUGUAGUGAACAGUCCAUUGGUUCCCCUGAUCAAAGGUGGCUCUUUCCAAAUUUGGUCAAACCAGAAAGACCUGAUACUGGAUGGAACUGAGUCUUAUGAUCCUGACGCUACAGUUCAAGAGACUGAUCUGUUGAAGUUUCAAUGGGAUAUUACAAUGGAGCAGAACAUCAGCACAUCUCACUAUCCAGUGUCCUUCCUUAAUCAUUAUUCCAUUGAACGCAAUGGCAGCAAGCUUAUUCUGCCCAGGCAUGUCCUAGAGCCGGAGAGCGUGUACCACUUCACACUAACAAUUCAAAAACCUGGUAGAUCACCCAUCUCUACUAUUCAGCAUGUUCAAGUACGUGAAGCAGAAAUACUGCCUGUGACUGUAAAGUGUGUAUCCUGCAGAUCGGUGUUUUCUCGUUCUGUCACUCACAGCCGUCCUCUUGCAUUGACUGGAAGCUGUUCUCUGUGCAAUGGCACUGUUCAGUAUAAUUGGACUGCAGGAAACACGAAAGGUGAAGUUUUACUUCUGAACGAAGUCACAACUUCAACGGGAUACAGCUCUACAGAUCUUGUCGUCAGACCUAAUACACUAAAACCUGGAUUUGAGUAUAUAUUCAGUCUUAACGUGUCCCAACCAGCUACUGGACUAUGGGGAUUGGCGAGCAUUGCUUUAACCCCUGAGCAACCACCCGAGGCUGGCAACUGCACCCUGUCUCCAGAAGAUUCGGUUCAACUUCUGCAAAAUGUAGUUUCAUUCAACUGCUCAGGCUGGGUGGAUGAAGAUAGUAGCUCUUCUCAGAUGAUAUACGCUCUUCAGGUAGCACAAUGUGAGAACCCGGGAACACGGUGUCCAUGGAUAACGCUAUACCGAGGCACACAAAACACAUUUGGCACGCUGGUACCCCUGGGCAGUACAAGACGAGGCCAAAAUGCUUCCAUUAUUACAGUAAUGGUGACUGUUGAGGACAACAUGGGAGCCAAAGUCACUGCUAUCAAAAGGAAUCUGCUAGUCAUGGUGCCAGUGAGUGACCAAGGCACAACGGAAUGGUUGAAGAAAAAGAGUCAGGAGGAACUGUGUGCUUUAUUGAAACAAGGCAACCCUCAGGAUCUUAUACCAUAUGCCACGGCUCUGACCAGCCAGCUCAAUCAGUUAAAGGCCACUAGCAUACAGGAGGUUAAGGACAAAGUCCAAAUACGAGGCAAUGUGACCCAGGCCUUGGCCUCUCUCUCAGUGUCCUCGCUCCAGGAUGCAGCACAGAUCAGCUCAGCUUUGGCUCGUUCCACGGCCAUUACUUCUGAGAUUCAGUGUGGAGACUGUAACUCUCGAGUCGUGGAGGCCAUGAGGAAGAUGAUCGACGUGAUCAGAGCGCAAACUAGACAAGGAGAUGUCACUCCUGUAGACACUGGAAGCGAUAUUCUGAAUGUUUUAAGUAGCUCAAUGUCUGUUCGGAAUCCAGCAAACGCUUCAGGUUUACUCUCCCGCCACGCUCAACAUCAAGACACCGCAGUAUCAGCGUUUCACCAGGUCGGACAGCUAAUGCGUAGCUUGAUGUGGUCACGGAUGCCUGGCGAGGAAGCUCUCUCCCUCAAAGCUCCACGUAUCAACGCAGUAGGCAAACGCGGUGACCCGACUUCAGACCUCCUGUGUACUGACCCGUCCAGCCCCUGCCAGUUUCACAUCCCUCCGAACCUGAGCUCACAACUCAGGGCUGAAAGACCAGAAGUCGUUCAGAUUCUCCUGGUUGUGGAGAGCGAGGAGAUCCCAUUCAUCUCCAAUGCAGAUCCACCAAUUUCUACUACACUAGCUGCGAUGGAAUUCACCACACCGCAGGGUCUGCCGAUCCCCGUUGCGAACCUGACAGUGGAACGUGCCAUACGUGUGACUCUACAAAACAAGAAGAUGGAGGCCUCGGGAAGGGUUAACGUCACUCUGCCAUCGGAAGGAAGUGUGAACUUCACGGUCAGGGCUGUAGAGACGGCGCCGAAUUCCGGGCUCUUUAUCGCCUUUAACUUCAGCUCGAUUCAAGGAAGUGGUAAGUCGAGCUCUGGAAAAGUCAUCAUCGUCGUAUCUGAUGAACAAACCUUUCAACCACCCCGACACUCUCAUGUUAAAGAGCUCUCCUUCGCCUUCUCGAGCACAAGUUCUUCAGUGGAGGAAACAGUCUUCCUUACACCAGUCUUGAAUGGCUCUGCUAAGGACCUGUACGUGACCCUGAAGAACAGUGCAGGUGUGGAGUUGUGUGUCUCGGUGUGUGUGUUCAGCUCUCUCUGCCAGUUCUUCAGCAUGGAACAGAGACGCUGGAGCACAGCCGGUCUGAGCGUGCUCGGUACUAGCAGCCCUGAUACUGCUCACUGCCUCACUGAGCACCUCACGCUUUUUGGAGCCAGUCUGUUCGUUCACCCAGAUGCCAUCGUACUUCUCGCACCAUCAGAUGGACCGAGCAGAAACAUUGUGGUGGGGUUAGUGUGUGGGAUUCUACUCCUGAUUCAUCUGCUGGUCGGUCUCAUCACCCACAAACUAGACCAUCUGGAGAGCCUGCGCUUGAGCUGCAUCCCACUGUGUGGCCAGUCAGGACGCUACCGUUAUCGGGUACUGGUCAAAACUGGUUGGUACAGAGGAGCCGGAACGUCUGCUCACAUAGGUAUUAGUCUGUAUGGUCUUAACAAAAGUGGUUCACGUCACCUGCAACGAGAUGGAGCCUUUCAGAGGAAUGGUCUCGACGACUUUCAGGUAGAAACUGAUGUCAACUUGGGAGAAGUCUGGAAAAUAUGCAUCUGGCAUGACAACACAGGUCUGGACCCCUCAUGGUAUCUCCAGCACGUGACAGUGUGGGACAUGCAGACGGAUAACAUGUUCUUCUUUCUGGUGGAGGACUGGCUGUCUGUGGAGAAUGAAAAGAACUCGGGCUUGGUUCAGAAAGUGGUGCUGGCUACGUGCCCGCCAGAGUUGCGGCAGUUCAGGAGGAUUCUGCAUGCACAGCUGCUAUUCGGACUGCAGGAUCAUCACCUCUGGCUGUCUCUAUGGGAGCGUCCGGCUCACAGCACUUUUAGCCGAGCUCAGAGAGUAACCUGCUGCGCUCUGAAUCUGCACCUCUACCUAGCAGCAGGGGUGAUGUGGUAUGGAUCAGUGGCCACAAUAAGCAGCGGAGGUCCAGUUGCUGACCGGAUGCCAAUGACCCCAGAGACCAUACUGGUUGGAAUGACCAUUGCUUUUGUGAUGUUUCCCCUCCAAUCCCUUCUCACCUUCCUGUUCAGAAAGACCAAGAGCAAGGUUGCCAUGGAGCUCUCUCUGCCUCCUUCUCCCGUGUCUGAUAUUGUAGAGAUGGAUGUGUACCUCAGCCACCCAGACAUCUCCUGCACUUCCUUUUUGUCCAUGCCUAUAGGCCACGAGUCCUCAACACAUGAAGAGUCUUCUUUUGUGAGACUUUGCUAUUUUUGGUUGAACAUGCGUGGAGUAAAACAUUUGGCGAUGUGCUGUUAUAGGAAAAUAAUCAACAGCAGGACCAAUCAAAAUCAAGAAUUUAACAGCACUGUGGUAUAUAAUGGAUUAAAGUUGGCAUGGUGGCGGAUAAACAGAACACUGAAAUGUUUGCGUUUUAUUAAGGAGUCAUCGGAGAGCUCGAAACUGGAGUCGGAGUUUUGGAACAGUUCGCACUUUGGGAGUGAAAGUCCUCGCUCUAGCAGAGUGGAAGAGUGGACAUCAAGCGACAGCAUGUUAGGCCUUGCUGAGUUGAUGGGACCCGUACGGCUCUUGAAGAGAAAAAGAGCACUUCUUCAGUUACGACUGAAUUCUCCGACGUCUGAACUUCCAAGCUCUGAAGAUAGCCGUUCUCCAUAUCUGAAGAAACAGCAGCUAUCGUUCUCUGAAGAGGAGUUGCUGCCUGUUUCUGCAGAUCCUUACCUAUCCAGUGCUGCUUCUUCAGGGCCAAGUACAUCUGAUAGCGGUCGAUAUUCGCCCAACGAAACUGUUCUAUCUGACAUACUGGAGAGUUCCUCUAGUGAAUGGAUGGAUCCGAGUGCAGAGAAAUCUGAUUGCGACGCUGGUCUUUAUAAAUCCCAUUGUUCCAUGUCAGUGUGUAGUGUGGCCAGUACCUUCCUCCCUAGUCUUCCCCCAGACUCCUUCAGCACCACCUCCACCACACACAUCGGAGUGUCUCGUGGUGGGCCGGGUCUGAUGCUACCAUCUUGGGUGUUGGCUGUGGCGUAUCUUCUUGUGGCUGUGCUUUUGGGAACAUGUCUGGUCUUGGUGGGCUUAUACGGGAGCACCUUCUCCAACUCGGUGCUCCUCAUGUGGCUCACUUCAGUCCUGUCAGCCUUCUUCACAUCAGUCCUGGUCUUGGAGCCCCUCAUGAUAUGUGUUCGGGCCGUGUAUCUUGCCUCUGUGUUGAAACCAGUUGACCCAGAGGUGGAGGAUCGGUUGGCCCAGGAGACCGUUGUGAUGAGGAUUGGGAAGGACCAAGGGGUUAAAGUACGUCCUCUAUGUGGAUACAGCCUGCUGCACGCUAAAGAAGAGGCACGGAAAGUCAGAAUUCUCCGAAAUCUCAUGAAAAACUGCCUGAUCUACAUGCUGUUCCUGUUGGUGGUUCUCAUGAUGAACUAUCAGGAUAAUGUCCAGGAGACGAAUGGCAGAUUGCUUCACCCUGCAGUUAAACGUUCAAUCAUCUCAGCCUCGCCAAGACAACCUAACCUCACAGCCCUAUCAGGGUGGACAGAAGUGUGGCAGUGGAUGGACCAAAGCUUAACAGCACACCUCCACAAAAAUCCCUCCCUCUCGCUGAUUGGCUUAGCACGACUACAGAGAUUGAAGUCAACAAACUUUUGUGGAGGGAAUACCAAGGAUACAGUGACGCUGAUGAUGUUCGGCGCUCAAAAUUCAGGACAUCUGAGACAAAGACACCAAAGCAACAGUACUACCUCGCUCCUCAACUGGCCGUGGUCCACAGCACAGUCAUGUGUCUCCAGUGAGACAGAUGAGAUGUUGCUCGGAAACAGCAGUUUCUUCACCAGUCACAUCCUGUCAGGCCUGAAACAAGCACAUUGGAUCACAGCAGAGACCCAAGCCGUGUUAGUUGAGUUUACUCAGUACCACAGAGAGACGGGGAUAUUCCUGCCCGUCUCCAUACUGCUGGAGAAAACACAGACACAGCGGAUUCUCUCCACCAUCUCCAUCCAGUCAGUUCAUAUCCCGGGAUCUUUCUCUGGACUAGAUUUAAACAUCGCCAUAACGGCUCUACUGCUGAUCUUCUCCUUGUGUUUUCUGAGUGCUGAGGUUUGGAGGAUGCUCAGAGAACGAGCUCAGUACCUAACCCAGGGUUGGCGUCUCUUCCAGCUCUUGGUAGCUUUACUGUCCUUCUCAGCAGCUUCAGUGCGCUUUUGUUUCUUGUCCACGUCCGCUGCUUGUCUUUCUGUUCAUGUCUCCCAGCCUGACACCUUCACUGGAUUUCACAGCGUUGCUGCUUUGGCCAAGAGUUCCUCGCAGCUCUCGGCUGUGUUGCUGAUGUUGCUGGUUCCACAGAUGGCAGGCUCUCUGCAGUUUGUAAGAAGGUGGGUGGUGUUCGGCAGGGUUCUCCAUCAGGCCUGCGCUGAGAUCUGUGGAGUAGCCCUCCUGUUCGUGCUCCUGCUGCUUCUCUUCUCCCACACAGGCUGCUUGCUUUUCUCAGCUUCCGUGGAAGGCUUCAGGACUACAAGGCAAGCUAUUCAGUCCCUGAUGUGCUUGUUGAGAAAUCGAAUAGUUUUACGGCAACUGUCUGAGGAGCAUCCAGUGCUUGGGCCGCUAUUCUGCCUCACUUUAUUCGGGCUGGGGUUCUGGCUCCUUGGGCGUCUAUGUGGAGCCGUGUUAUUACAAUGGUACAAGACUAUCCGGGCAGAAAUGUAUCGGCCAUCCAUGGAACCACAGGACUAUGAGAUGGUAGAGUUUCUCAUCAAGAGACUUAAGCUAUGGAUGGGGCUCAGCAAGAUAAAGGAGUUCAGGCACAGAGUAAAGUUUGAGGGCAUGGAGUCACCACCUUCCAGAUCAUCCCAGUGCUCCCAGUUCUCCAACAUCUCCUCACCCGUCAGUCCUCCAGGGCCACGUCUGGUAUCCUCUGCCUCCUCUCAGGUCUCAGAGUCUUCCACCCUCUCUGAGAGCCAUGAGGUCCAGCAAUACCUUGAUCGCUUGCUGCCCUCCGUGGACAGUCUCCUUGCUGGUUUUGAUCGUGUCAAUCAACUGACCGAUGAUGUGUUGAAUAUUGAGGAGCAGCUUCAGAUAGUCCAAAGCAGACUUGUCCAGAACAGAAAGAAGCAAAGUGAGCCACAACCACAUAUGCCCCCAACCCCAAAACUGGCAAGACCAAGCCAAACUUCCCUUCGCAUGGGACUGAAGCCUCUUCAGUCUUCCCAUGAUGGUAUCCCUCAAGUCCCCCCUCAUCGACGUGCUACCCACUCCGAGUCAUCUCUCCUGGGGCCUUCUGCCCAUGUCACGAAUUAUCUAUCAGUAUCAGGAAGGUGGAAGUCUCAGACAGCAGACCCAAAGACUAGGGGUUUCCCUAGACGAAGAGCCUGGCACUCAGGAUCCUGUCACUCUGCAGAUACCAUUCAAAGUUUCGCUAAGUCUCAAGGUCCUGGAGCCAUUCCUCUAAGACCUCGCAGUGAAGAAGGGGAUUGGACUGAAUCAAGUGAAGACAUGCCAGUUAAAAAGAAAGCCUGGCACUCUGAUCCCUCUGAUACAGAAAAGGACUAAGUCUGUCCUGUGUACCAAAAUUUGGUAGUGUUCAUUGGUAGGAGUAAAAGCUUUUGUAUUCUUUAAAUGAAUGAUGUAUUCCCUGUCUUGGAAUGUGACCAGGAAGUCAAGUAAGGAGCAGCAAAUCGGGGACAUUUAUGUUCCAUCAUUUUACACCAAAAUAAUCAACCAGUUCUUUGGUGUACCUGUCAAUCAUUCCUGUGUACUUUCAUUAACUGUAUUUCGACAUUUAUACUACAAAUUGAUGCAGUUCAUACAUAAAGCUUAAAGAAAUUUAUAUAUAAAUUUCUUCCUUUGAUUAAGUUUUUUUGUAACUUUUUUUCCCCCAGUCAUGCUUUUCUU